CAUUCGGCUAGUAACCAAGCGGUUCUUAAGCUAGCUAGCUCGAGCAAUGGCCAAGUGGACGGCUGCGAUGGAGAUGCUUCUGCUGGUGGCGGUGGCGGCGGCAGCUGUGGCGGUGGUGGUGGCGCAGGCGCCGCCGCCGCCACAGUGCGACCCCGGGCUGCUGUCGCCAUGCGCGGCCCCGAUCUUCUUCGGGACGGCGCCGUCGGCGUCGUGCUGCUCUAGCCUGAAAGCACAACAGGGGUGCUUCUGCCAGUACGCGAAAGACCCGACGUACGCGUCCUACAUCAACAGCACCAAUGCACGCAAGAUGAUCGCCGCCUGCGGCAUCCCCUUGCCCAACUGCGGCUAGGCUCCAUCGCCGCCGUUUGCCGGUGCUGGCCAUGAUGUGUGGCAGCAUAUAUAAAUAUAUGCUGCCCUAUGUCCUUGUAAAAAAUAAAGGACGAUGUCUAGAAGCAUAUAUAUAUGGUGUACUGCGUACUUGAAUAAAAUAAAGGAUGUGUGUUUGAAUACAUAAAUUACCGAUCGAUUAA